GGCGCCGGGAUGGAGCUGGGCGACGUGUGGCAGCCGGCGUACGGCCCGGGGCCGGCGCCGCCGGGAUGCAGCACGCCGGGCCUCGUGGGCAUGGCGCACGGCUUCCUGCGCCUGGUGCAGCCCAACGGCCUGCCCGCAGGGCUGAUCGCGGAGCUGGGGCAGCCCCCGAGCGAGGAGUCCCGCCGGGAGCAGGUCCAGGAGCUGCUGCGCUACGAGCUGGGUUUCCUGGUCUGCGCGGCCAUCGGGCUCCUCUUCAUCAUCCUCGUGCCCCUGGCGGGAUGCUGCUUCUGCUGCUGCCGCUGCUGCGGGAACUGCGGGGGCCGCAUGUACCAGAAGCAGAGCCGGCGGAGCGGCUGCCGCCGCCGGGCUCUCUACGCCUCUGUGCUGCUCGUCUCGACCCUCCUGCUGGCCGGCAACAUCUGCACCUUCCUCAGCAACACCCGCCUCUCCCAGGCCGUGAGCGACGCCUUUCCCAACGCCAACGCCACCGCGGGCGACCUCCGCACCUACCUGGCCUCCAUCCCCGAGCAAAUCAGCUUUAUCGCGGCGAGAAGCGAGGUCCCGCUGGGAUAUGCCAACGCCAGCCUCCAGCGCAUCGGGCCCACCCUGGGCGGCAUGAUCGUCUCCGGCAUCAGGAGGAGCGUGAACGAGGCAGUGGGAGCCCUCCGGAGCCUGCUGGAAGAGCUGGAGACGCUGGCCGUCGCCUUCGGCGGCAUCGACAGCGCUAGCUCGCGCCUCGAGGAGCUGCAGGGCAACUACAGCCGGCGGGUGGCCGACCUGCGGGACAGCAUCAACCGCACCCUGCAGCGCUGCGGGCGCCCCUGCAGCAACGUCUCCCUGGAUGGCCUCGGGUUCAAGGCCAACUUCAGCGCGAUUCCCAGUGUGGACCAGCAGCUGGAGGCUCUGGAGGAUGUGUUCGGCUCCAAUCUGGUGGCUAGUUUGGAGAAGGUUAACCGCACGCUGAACGAGACCGCUGACAAGGUGCACGAGCAGUCCUGGGACGUGGUGACAAAGACCCAGGACCAGCUGGGCCAGAUCAGGCAGGAGGUCAGCAACGUGCCCGAGCGCCUCCCUUUUGAGGCCUUGGAGGGCAGUGGCGUGGCCUUUCUGGACAACACCAUGUCCACACUGGAGAAAUACAGAAAGCCAGUGACCGCCUUCGAGAAGCUCAGGUGGAGUGUGUGCAUCCUCCUGUGCUGCCUGGUGCUGCUCGUGGUCAUCUGCAACAUGUUCGGGCUGGUGCUGGGGCCCCUGGGCCUCAAGGCAGCCGUGCUGCCCACGGAGCGCGGCUGCCUCUCCAACACCAGCGGGAACUUCUUCAUGGCCGGAGUCGGCUUCAGCUUCCUCUUCUCCUGGCUGCUGAUGCUCUUCGUGCUGGCCCCCUUCGUGCUGGGGGGGAACAUCUACAUGCUCUUCUGCCAGUCUCUGCACAACCAGCAGCUCUUUGAGCUUCUUGAUACCCCUGGCCUGAUCUCCAGCUUCAACUUGUCACAGGUGCUGGGUGUGGGCAACACAAACAUCUCAGAACUGUACAGGCAGUGCCAGGACAAUACCGCCCUGUGGCAAGCGCUUCACCUCGACCAGCAGGUCUCCCUGGACGAGCUCCUGAACAUCAGCCAGUACACCACAGAGAUCUCUGCGGCCUUUGAGGAGGUGAACAUCACCCUGAGUCCCAUCUCCCUGCUCAGCCAGAGCCAGAAGGACUUGCUGCUGAAGGCCAGCCGACUGGGACAGCUGCCCAACUUCACCCACAGCCUGGCACAGAUGGAUCAGAGCGUGACCCAUGGAAGCCUCCAGGAUCUGGCCACAGAGCUGGAGCGGCUGGCAGAGCAAGUGGACACGGGUGCAAAACAGGACCUGAAGGACGAAGCCAGGGAGCUGAGGGAGCUGGACAGGGAGAUGAACGCGAGCUUCUCGGGGCUGCUGCAAAGCCUGGAGGAGAACAUCUACGCGGUGGAGCUCCACGCCGCCGGGCUGCAGGCGCGGACCAACGCGACGCUGCAGGAAGUCGAGCGAACGCAGGCCUCCCUGGGGAGGGAGACGGCGAGCGUCGUCGCGAGCGAGACGCAGGCCUUCGUGCAGCAGCUGCUGGGCUUCUUCGAGAGCUACGUUGCCUGGGCCAAGCGCGGCCUGACGAGAGACGUGGCGCGGUGCAAGCCCGUGGCUCGGACCCUGGACAGCGUGGAGGCCGUGGCCUGCGACUACAUCCUGGACUCCGUGAACGCCUUCUGGUUCAGCCUGGGCUGGUGCACCUUCCUCCUGCUGCCCAGCAUCGUCCUCACCGUGCGCCUCGCCAAGUUCUACCGCCGGAUGGACGUCGCCGACGUCUACGAGUGAGGAGACCGCCCAUAACGGUUCUAGGAGCCCCCCCCCCACCUCCCUCAAUUUGGGGGUGCUGCCUAGCACCCCGCUUUCUGCAGGGCUGGGCUGCGCUGCUGGGCCGACGUUUGGCUCCUCCAGCACAUCCUGGGCUGCCCCUUGCCCCCCGCUGUGUUGGGGGGUGACACAGGUGACCGUGUUUUUGCAGGGCGCCCACGCUGGACUCGUUCCAAGCGCCCUGGGUGGCUGGGGGGAAGUAGCCCCCGUCGCCCGCGGCGCACGCACGGAGGAGGCCGGGCGCCCCAGCUGGUGGGACGCGACUGCUCCACCUGCUGCGCCCUCCCCCGGGAGCUGGGGAGCAGGCUGGGACCCCCUCCCCAGCCAAACCCCCCUCCCCAUUUCCCAGUACCCAUUUCCCAGUAGGUGACAGUGCACUGAGGCCAGCUAUCAGGCACAAGUGCAAUGCCCAGGUUUGGGCGUGGGGAGGGGUCUGCCCCUCGCGCAGCCCCAGGCGGGUUUUUGCCCCCCCCCCCCAUCACUGCCCUGGGGAGGGAAGAGGAGGGAGCAGCUAUCUCCCGCCACGGCUCAUCCUGGCCACGCGGUGCUGCAUGCGUGGACAUGCUGUGCUGCAACGGCAGCCCUCGUUGCCAGCCCCCCCUCUGCCGGGCUGCCGGGGCCCGGCAUAGCUCGCGCUGCUGCGGCACGUGCCACCGGCCAGCAGCAACCCGCUGAGCCAGGCGCCUUGCUCUGCAGGCGAUGUGACUAUUUAUUUUUGAGU